UUUCAGUGCGCCCUUGGUGCGCUCACGUUGCAAACAGCGCCUUCUGGGUUUGAAAGCACCACCGCUGCCGAAAAGCAAACACGCCAACCACUGCAGACGAAGCAGCAGAAGGAGCGCGGCGCGGAGAAGGCAGCAGGCCUAUGAGGAGCCACGGGAAGCCAGUCAGCUACAGAGUGCCCUAUCCUAAUGGUCUCCAUGGCUGCUAAUGAGAGCCGACGAGAGCCAGACCAGCUCGAAAUGCGCCAGUUAUCUGGGAAAGACGGAUGCGCAGCCGCGUGUACGCGAAGCAGUAUGUUCCGCUGAAAUCAAAGACAGCUGGUUAGGAACUGCACCGACGCUUCUCGUUUUAAACGGCGCGAGUUGUCUGAUCUUUACGUAACCCCGAUUGUUUUUCUUAGUAAUUUUGCGCCGAGUAUUGGAUGCCCUGUGGACCGGGAUUAUUUUGGCGAGGGGACCUCUAGUGCUCUCCCUCCUCCCCGCAUCCGCUGUCGUCCUCAGCAGCAGCAGCGGCGGCAGCAGCAGACACGGACACAGUCAGACGGGAGCUGUUUUGCGUGCAGCUCCAUUGUAAACAAACGAGGAGCAGUUUUAAUGAAAGCAGGCGUCGCUUCGUGCCGGUUGAAGACUUCAGUCAGCAAUGUCCCCGGGAAUCCUCCAGCUGCUAUUCUGUGCUUUUCUUCUGAGAAUGGGAUCGUAGUAAACCUCUCCGGGAUUUAGAACAACUGCUAGCAUGUUGCAACCUUCCACCAGAACAGGUGACAGCCUGUUGGAAACAUUACCUCACUGGAGUAAGCCCCAGACAUGGGUCCUAUUCCUCGCACUCUGCGUGACACCCCUCUGGUUACCAGGGGCGGCGGGAUCCACGCUAAACUGCCACAAGACGUGCAUCUGCGCGUCAAACAUCGUGAGCUGCUCCAAGAUGAAUUUGACCAGCGUCCCGACCGGCCUGCCGCUCUACACCGCUGUGCUGGAUCUCAGCUACAAUGAGAUAGCGCGGCUUCGGGCUGAGUGGACCCAAGUGAAGCUCCCGAACCUCCACAACCUCCUGCUUAGCCACAACGGUCUUCACUUCCUGUCUUCAGAGGCGUUCAUAUAUGUGAAGCACCUGCGCUACUUGGACCUCUCCUCCAACAACUUGCGGCAGCUGGAUGAGUUCAUUUUUGAGCCUUUGGUCAAUCUUGAGGUCCUCUUGCUGUACAAUAACCAAAUUUCACAGAUUGACCGCUCAGCCUUUCUUGGCGUGGUCAACCUCCAGAAGUUGUAUCUCAGCCAGAACCAAAUCUCCCGCUUCCCAGUGGAGCUCGUGAAGGAAAAGACAGGCCUGGAGAAGCUCAGCCUCCUGGAUGUGUCCUCCAAUAAGAUCAAGCUGCUGCCCAUCGAUGAGCUUGAGGUGCUGCCCGCCUGGAUUAAGAAUGGCCUCUACUUCCACAACAACCCACUGCUGUGCAGCUGUGAUCUCUACACACUUCUAGCCCACUGGUACAUUCGAAAGCUCAACUCCGCUGUGGAUUUUAAAGACAACUACACGUGUGUUCUGUCCCCGCAGAAAAAGCAGGAACUCGUUUUUGAUCUCAGUGGUGACAGUAUGAACUGUAGCACAUUCGUCGAGGCAGAUGAAGAGGCUUUCCUGGAGCAGACGCUGAUCCUUGGCUGUGACACCAAACACAGGAACAUGUAUAAGACCUGGACGCUGCCCGGUAAUGUGCCGGUCGUACCGGGAAGCAACCAGACAGCUAAAGUCUUAUCAGAUGGGAAACUGCAGAUUAGUCCAGUGAGGUCUGAGGACUCUGGGACCUACACUUGCUUUGCCACGAGUGAGGCCUUCAAUGAGACUAUCUACGUGGUGCUCAAAGUUUACAACUUCACCAUGCACGGCGGUGGGGAGACCCUGAAUACAGCCUACACCACCUUGGUGGGCUGCUUGGCCAGCGUGGUGCUGGUGCUUAUGUACCUUUACCUGACACCAUGUCGCUGUUUCUGCUGCCCCAACAAGAGUAAGAACCGGGGUGAGGACAGCAUCCACUCCUCGAUGCUCAGCGUGACGCCGACCCACGGGGACCCAGCGCUCAAGGCCGAGCUGAACAGACACGUGGCGUUCAUAGACUCCAAGGACUUGCAGGGCCAGAACGGCAAGGUGAACCCUAACGGGGAAGAGGACGAUGACGACGAUCUGGAUGCAGAGGCUGGUUCUCUUAUGAAGGGGAAGAGGAAGAAGUCAGUAGCAGAGUCCAUUAGCUCCGUCUUCUCAGAUACUCCCAUGGUGGUCUGAGACGAGAACGGCAAAGGCACGACGGGAUGUGUACGGUGCCACGUCAGCCAUAUUUUAUUUAAAGUAAACUGUGACUGCUGAGGGAUUUUCAUCGGUAGUCGCUGUCAAGAGGAAAGAAGGAUCUCAAAGGGAGUAAAUAACAAACUGUCUCACUGUCGAAAAGGACAAGAGGCAGGACUUUUCCAGCAUUUUAAUCUGUAGCACUCAAUAGUCAUACUGUGAAGGGAUGGCAGUGAACAGUGGAAACUGUAAGGCUUAUGAGAGUAGACAAUAUGUUGUUGAUAUUAGCACUCAGGAAGCGAUAUUAAAGUGCAAAAGUGUGGGAAAUACACAUGAUGAAAUGCACAGAUUGAAGUAAGAUGAAAAAAAAAACAUAGUUCACACAUAGCAUAUAUCGAUACCAUGGCUUGCUCAUAAUUAUAUUUAUCAUGAAGGAUUAGAAUAGACUACAUCUUAUGUAAACAUUAGAGCUUAGAUACCCCUCCUCUAUCAGCACAGAGACAGACUUAGCUCGACUAGACGGACUGACGUCACCGGGCUAUGAAUACGUCAGACUAUCUAUCAUCUAUAGUGAAACAGCAUGCCAUGAAACCACAUUGAGAACCCAGGCUGAUCUGCAGUAUGUGAAUGGGAUAAAGGAAAUAUAGAUCCAUGCUAUGUUUAGUCUUCUAUGUUGAGAAAGCGGCAGCACAAAUACGUUAAGAGGCCACCGCAGGUCAUUUUUUAUCCUGCUUCAUAGCUGACACUUAGUUGCAUUCAGAUGGUGUUAGUUAGACUGAUACUUAUUCGUAGUUUUAGUCGCAUAUAGUGAUAUAGGAGGGAGGUUGCUUCCUUUAUUAGAUUAAGGGUUCAAUUUGCAUAGAUCUUUGGUGCAAAAAUGUUAACUAGUUCGAGGCACAUGUUACCAAUAGCUGAAUUGUGUAUCAACGUAGUCGCCUCUUAGUUCCUGCAGAUCCACAGUAUAACCCAAAAUAAACUUUUGCAGUCUUACACAAUUAAAAACAUGGACCACCUCCAACAGAUACACAUUAGGAGCAGGGAAGUAUUUUGUUUUGAAUGAUUAUCAACAUAAUGUCCCAAUUCUGUAUACAGAAGGGUACCAGAGUCCUUACAAGGACGAACAGGGCUCUGUUUGUUGUCCGCUGAGGUGCCACUUAUUGUCUGGUUUGACUUGGCCAUGUUAUAGCGUUAGUUUCUGUCAGUCACCACACCAGGAAGUCAAAAAGCAAGCCAAUGAGAAACGCUGCAAACGCGUUCUGUACGAAAAAUGUGCACCGUGCACCAAAUCCCGAAAUAUUUUCAUGUACAAAGCCAAAGUUGUUGUCACGAGUCACAAAUGAUGUCGUAGAUUUGAAUAUUUGAUCGGAGGGACAGUUCCAGUUUCCACUGUCACAAUGAAAAUGUAGCUGUUUUGCUCUGUGGUAGUUAGAAUGUACUGUGUUAGCAGGUAAAUAACUGUAAAACCUUCAUGGUUCCUCCAAAAAAAAUCAAGCUAAUGAGUAAUACUGAUGAAGCUGUAAACGGGUUCACAGGAAAACGUCCAUUUUAGUGUUUGUAGCUGCAGACGAGGAACAUUUCUAGAGACACAGGGGACCCACGUUUUUUCAAAAAGAUCCCUUUGUCUGGACAUUAAUUAUUAAAUCUUUUGUAAAAUUGAAUUUAAAUUCAACAUCCAAGACACCUGGUAUGCUGUGCAUAUUUCAUUAACAAGGUUGAAACAGGAGACUGAGUCUUGGCAUAAAGGAGAAAGAAUGGUUUCAUUAAACUGUGCGUCGCUCGUGUCAUAGAACGACAAGGCUAGCCUGGUGUAAAUGCUAAUUGCAUCUUUUGAUUGGAUGUAGCCCCCAUCUGCUUUUCACGUCUUUGUCUCUCUGAGCCGGAUGGGAUCGGCGUGUUAUCAUGAGUCACAGCAGCACAAAGCCAUUCUCCCUGGCUCCAUGUUCACUGACGGCCUCGGUUAAGCCCAGAUGUGUUUGCUUUGUUUGUGUACCUCUGUCAUUAUGAGGCUGGCCUUUUAAGUUCAAAAGUAAUCAUUCAACUGGGCAAUGAAUGCAGUGCCCUUUGAGUCUUCAAUCUGUUUAUGAGGGAAUCGCCGGCAGCUUUCUUUGGAGAUUUUCACUCCCGACUGAGUCACAGAGUUGGAAAAUACUUAAGAAUUUCUUUUGUUCCAGUUAAAAGAAAUAGUAAAAAAUAUACAAAAUAUCCCAGAGUUAUAGAAAUGACAUACAUCUUGCCACUAAAUGUCAAUCUGGCUCUGCACACCUGUCUGGGUGCAAUGGGGUUUUACGCAAAAUUGCUGGAAUAUUCACAUUAUGAGGUGCUGCUGUGCACACAGCAUAACGUGUGGGCGAGAAAAAGGAAGUCGCACUCGUCAGAAAGGUGGCGCGUGAAUCAUUUCACUCUCUCACACGUUGGAAUACCAGGUGGAGGAAAACAGAGCGGCGAAAAAUAUCGCGACGCCCCAAAAUAAGGACACAUUUGGUGCUGCCGCAGACUGGCUGCAGUUGGCCAAGACUGUCGCCUCUAAAAGGGAUCCCGCUUUUAUGAAUUACAUGUGAUGUUCUCUGGCCUCAUUUGACAGCCCAUAUUUCACAGCUACACAAACUACCAGACCAUUGUGUAACAGAAAUGUUUGCAACCAAAGUGUCACGCCAUUUAAAUCUGCCGCGGCUAACGGUAGUCUUCUCCCCUGUGGCAUCACUCAAAUUACUAGUUGCAGUUCUGUAUAGAGAUAAAACUAAGUGAUAUUGCAAAGGUCCUGACAUAGAGGAGAAGAGUGGCUUUGUUCUCUCCAAAGCAAACCAGCCUUCCUAUAUAUAGCUAUAUAUAAAGUAUAUAUAUAUAUAAGUAUUGAGACUCACUUUCUGUGUUCAGUAUUGAUUAGUUGUGUACUGCUAUGUUCUACCAAUGUACUGACUGUGUUCUUGUGUAACCCAAUGUUGAUGUUCAUUUUGCAUUUCGUCCGCCGCCGUGCUACUGUUAGCUGUUUCGACAUUCAAGUCUUGAUAUAAAUGUUUAUUUUUUAAGCCGGGUGGGGUUUAGUUUUUUAUUGAAAGAGGACAUAUUUUACACUUGCUAACGACGGAGAACGAGGCGAACCAUAAAAUAUGCUUGUACGUGAACCAGGAACAGCAUGGGAUGAGAGCCGGGGUUAGAAAUGAGUGGAUAUGAUGCAGUGGUAACGUAGCCACCCGUUAUUUUCAGUCAGUAUUUGACUUAGGUCAAACGCAAUUAUAAACACAGUGCUUUAUCUGAUAUAUUGGGGAGCUGAAAGUAGGUGCAUUCUCCAGCAUACAUGACAAAUAAACUAUAUUUCCGUCCCUUUAAAAUUAAUAACUUGGCAUGAAGGAAAAUUUUAAGAGAUCUUUCCAGCAACGCCAAUAAAAAAAAAAAAAAAUCUUUUUAGUAUCAUGUCAGUUCUAAUGAGAUAAAGGUUUUCAUAUUCGCGGCAUGAGAAAAAUCUUAAGCUCUGUGGCGCGUGCAGUUUACCCUUUGCUAUUUACAUUAAUAGUAACAGACUUCAGACGAAGAGGGUGGUCCCUUCACUGCCCGGCACACAACUCCAUUCAUCCAACUAUGAAGUAGCAAUUACGGGAACAUCCGUGUCAGGGUGAGGCUAAAAGCUCGUUGCUGUGACAGUGAGUGCUACUACAAGUGUCUGCAGGAGAAGAAGGAAGCUUUCAACAGCAUUAAAAGCACUGAGUUUAUUGACCACUGCUUCAAAGAUGAGAUGAUUGGUCACUGCCACUAAAAACUUUAAAAGGGUUUUGCAGCUAAAGUGGAAUGGCUUUGCAUGGUAUGCAUAACAGCUUCUCUGACUGCAGGAUAAGUGGAAAAUAAUAGGCAUUAAAGAAAAAUAAUUCAGAUAUAUCAUUUGACUUAAUAAAAUACUCAAGAUUUACACUUUG